GUCAGACUGGGGACUUUGCAUUUCUCUCAUCAUCAUCAGACCUAACCACCGUCUUCAUCUUCAUCGUCACCUUCGAGUUUAAGCUUAUUCGAACUUUCUCUCUCUUUGAAGAAGAAGAAGAAGGAGAGAGAGAGAGAGAGAGAGAAAGAUGGGAAUACCGGCUACAAUGGGCGCGGAUCCACUGAGCGAGAGAGCAGCCAUGAUGAGAGAGUCCCUCCACAAGAGCCAAACCAUCACCGACAACGUCGUCUCCAUCCUCGGCUCCUUUGAUCACCGCCUCUCCGCCCUCGAGACAGCCAUGCGACCUACCCAGAUUAGAACCCAUUCUAUUCGAAAAGCCCACGAGAAUAUUGACAAGACUUUGAAAUCUGCAGAGGUUAUUUUGGCGCAAUUUGAUCUUGCUCAUCAGGCUGAGACAACAAUACUCAGAGGGCCGCAUGAGGACUUGGAAAGUUAUCUAGAAGCCAUUGAUCUGCUAAGAAGGAAUAUCCAUUUUUUUAGUAGCAGCAAAGGUUUUAAGAGUAGUGAGGGAGUUAUCAACCAUGCAAAUGGUUUACUUACAAAAGCUAUUUCAAAGCUUGAAGAUGAGUUUAAGCAGCAGUUAACAACUUAUAGCAAGCCUGUGGAGCCGGAACGCCUUUUUGAUUGUCUCCCAAACUCACUCCGACCAUCAGGGUCUCCUGGGAACCAAGGUGACGCUAGUGGCAAUCAUCCUUCUCAUAGUCAUUCAGAACAUCAUAACAAUGAUGCGGAAGCUGCUGUGUAUACACCUCCCACUCUUAUUCCGCCACGAGUUUUGCCUUUGCUACAUGAUUUGGCUGUGCAAAUGGUUCAAGCUGGUCAGCAACAACAGUUAGUGAAAAUUUACAGGGAUACCCGUUCUUCAGUUUUGGAAGAAAGCCUUCGCAAGUUGGGAGUUGAGAAACUUAGCAAAGAUGAUGUUCAAAAGAUGCAAUGGGAGGUUUUGGAGGCCAAAAUUGGGAACUGGAUUCACUUCAUGCGCAUUGCUGUCAAGUUGCUAUUUGCUGCAGAGAGGAAAGUUUGUGAUCAACUAUUUGGCGGCUUUGAUUCCCUAAGUGACCAAUGUUUUUCUGAAGUCACUGCAAGUAGUGUUUUGGUUCUGCUUAGUUUCGGAGAGGCAAUUGCUAGAAGCAAGCGAUCUCCAGAAAAGUUGUUUGUACUUUUAGACAUGUAUGAAAUAAUGCGUGAGAUUCAUUCAGAGAUUGAAAUGAUUUUCAAAGGAAAAACUUGUGCCGAAAUUAGAGAAUCAGCAUCAAGUCUGACUAAACGGCUUGCCCAGACUGCUCAAGAGACAUUUGGUGAUUUUGAGGAAGCAGUUGAAAAGGAUGCAACAAAAACUGCUGUAUUAGAUGGAACUGUUCAUCCCUUAACAAGCUAUGUGAUCAACUAUGUGAAGUUUCUGUUUGAUUACCAGUCGACCUUACGACAACUUUUCCAAGAAUUUGAAAAUGGAGGUGAAUCUGGUUCACAGUUAGCCUCAGUAACGAUGCGGAUAAUGCAGGCUCUUCAAACCAAUUUGGAUGGGAAGUCUAAACAGUAUAAGGAUACUGCUUUAACUCACCUAUUUCUCAUGAACAACAUCCACUACAUGGUCAGAUCUGUGCGCAGAUCUGAGGCCAAGGAUUUGUUAGGAGAUGACUGGGUGCAAAGACACCGAAGGAUUGUGCAACAGCAUGCAAACCAAUACAAGAGGAUUGGUUGGGGAAAGAUUCUGCAAUGUCUCUCUAUUCAAGGUCUGACUUCAUCUGGAGGAAGUACAGUAGGUGGUGAUGGAGGAAAUAGUAGCGGAGUUUCGAGAGCAUUGGUUAAAGACAGGUUCAAGAUAUUCAAUAUGCAAUUCGAGGAACUUCAUCAAAAACAAUCUCAAUGGACGGUUCCUGACACCGAGCUACGUGAGUCACUAAGGCUUGCCGUGGCCGAAGUCCUAUUACCCGCCUACCGGUCCUUUGUAAAACGCUUCGGACCUUUGGUUGAGAAUGGGAAGAACCCGCAGAAGUACAUAAGAUACUCUGCGGAGGAUCUUGAACGAAUGUUGGGUGAAUUCUUUGAGGGAAAGAACUUGAAUGAACCCAAGAGGUAGAUGGAGGCCAGUUUGGUGAGACAAGGUUAGCAUUCAUCUUUCUUUUUCGAGGCCGUUGAGUUCAUGGAUUGUUCCUCGGUGCUACUUUUAGCUUGGUGGCUAUUGGAUUCAGGCGGGCAUAUUCAUCUGUCUUUUACAUGCUUUUGAAGGAUGUGUGAAAGGUAAAUAUAGGUUGAUGAUGGCUUUAUUUUUCUAUCAAAUAAAGCCGUCGGUUGUUUAGCCGAAUGCUUUGGUAGUGUGGUUUUGUAUCAAGUGUAUAUUUGUAUUUGUAUAAAGAGAAUUACAAAAAUUGACUCUUAAACACAUCAAUAUGAAGUUCUAUCUUUUUGUUGUGAUAA